CGCACCGGGGAACAGGGCGCCGCGCUCCGCGAUUGUAUGCGUAAGUUAGCUGAUGCCGUGGUCUACAUUCGCAACCUCUCAGACGAACAGGCCAAGCGCUCAGAUGCUCUGAUCCAACAGCAGCACCAACUAAAUCUCCUGAUGAAGCGGAGCCAAGAACUAGAGAACAAUUUGAAUCAGGGCGAGUUUGUUAGAGUUACCUUUGAACGGUGUUCUGUUAACUAA